UCUUUGAAAACCCUGGGAAAACACUUCAAUUCCUAACUUUUGGCUUUUCACUCUCAACUUUCUGGCAAAAAACCACAAAAAAAAAAAAAAAAAAAAAUCCCAAACACUGAAACAAUCUCGCCUUCCUUUCUCUCUCCUACUCGAGAGUAAUGGAGGCGACGCAACAGCAACGAAGAUUGCGAGUAAAUUUCCAGGAUCGUGGAAUUCUAACCAAAACCCAGAAAAAAUCUGGUCUCAAGCAUUCAUGGGUUCUUCUCAAACCCCAAUUUCAGACCAUUUCCGACGUCAUUGCAUAUCUUCUUCACUCCUUUGACCUCCAUCAUUCCUGCCCUAAUGGCAUAGUUCUCUAUAUGGAUGGCUUUGCUCUUCCACCAUUUGAGUCAACUACCAUUUUGAAGGAUAAAGAUGUAAUAAGUGUGAAAAGGCUAGGGUUGGGCAUUUCUGGCACGAUGAAGGCAAUUGAAGAGGCCAGGCCUUUCAUUGAAGAUGAAAUAGUAUUGAGGCAACCAUUACCUUCUGCUGUCAGGCUUUUGGCAAACGAGGAAUUCGAUAAAGAGACUGGAGGCUACCUAAGCGAAAUUGAUAAGGAUGAAGAUGAAGCAGAGGAGCCUGUGCAAAUUGCUCGAGGUGGAGAUGUAGCUUCCAAAAAGAGAAAAGCAUCCAGUAGUAUUGAGAACUCUAAGAAAAAAAGACAGCGCCAGGUAACCCCCAAACGUGUUGAGAAGAAGGUUGUUGAUCAGCUUACCAAAACAUUACAGAAGAAAAGAAAACUUGCUAAUGGGAGUAAGCAUGAUGGAACUGUAGAUUGUGCCAAAAAUUCAGAUCCAAUAUCUAAGUCUGAUGGAACUGUGAAUUGCGCCAAAAAUUCGGAUCAAAUAUCCAAGUCUGAUGGAACUAUUAAUUGCGCCAAAAAUUCUGAUCCAAUAUCUAAGUCUAAUGUACAUGAAGAGAAAAAAGAAGAGACUGUACAAGCGUCUGGUGUGCCUAAUGGAGCUAAAAAGGUAUCCAGAGGCACUCGGCGUAAGAGGUUGCAGAGGCAGUGGAAAAAAGUACACCCUGACAAAGCUAAAGUCGAUGAGGGUGAGAAGCAAUUGCCGGCGAAAGAUUUGAAUAAAGAUUCAGGAUCUAAAAAAGAUGCAAGUACAAACAUUGAACAGCUAGCUGAGGAAGAUAGUGACGCAGAUGGUGAUCUUGUCCCUGUAGAGAUUCGGCCCGGACACAUACGCUUCACUCCUACUGGGAAAGCAACUGAUAUUCAAAAAUUUCAUGAAGCAAGUGGGGGGAAUGUUCCAUCAGUCCAAAAAAGUGCUUGGGAAGAUGACACUGCCCAGAAGAAUGUUUGUGAUGUAAACAAUAAAGUAGCGAAGGAACCAUAUUCCUGGAACGGAAUCACAAACAAAAGGGAAGGUCAGAAAUGGGGCACAGAGAACCAGCCAAACUCCUGUAAGGAAUACAGAGAUUAUAAUGGCUAUUCUUCUAGUUCAAGAGCUAACAGAAACCAGCGAACCUACUCCUGGAAGGAACCAAGAGAUCGUAACACAUGGACUUCUAGAAAACAGCGGGCCAACGAUUCGUCUAUGAUUUUUGAGAAGCUCGUUCCUCUAACUGACUUGCCUGAGGUCGGCGACGUCCUUGCAUAUCGUUUAUUGGAGCUGUCAUCAACUUGGUGCCCUGAGCUGACAUCUUUUCGGGUAGGAAGAAUUACAUGUUUUGAUAAAGAGUCAAAUAAAAUCAUAAUGGUUCCAGAACCAGAAUACCCACUUAAUCUUAAAAAGGAAGAAGGUGAUCACGACGAUGACGAUGACUCUGGACAACCUCCACAACCUUCCCUCUAUAAUGAAGAUGGAUCCUUGGAGAUAGAUUUCCCUUCUCUUGUUGAUGUACGUAUUCUAAAGCGUGGAGACCCUAGUCAAUCAAAAGCCACUGGAGUCCCAGCAGUUGCUAUUGGUACCUCUGCCCCUUCAGGAUGGAGCAAGGGCAACAAUAUAGAUGGUAGUAGUAAUGGUGCAUCAGAUGUUGGCAAUCAAGAACUUGGUACACCUGGUGCUUCUGGAGUGAGCGAGAGCAACAAAAAAGAUGGAAGUAAUGGUGCAUUAGAUACUAGCAAUCAAGAACUACAGAAACCUGCUGCUACUCCUGCAAACGGGAAAAAAGAUGUGUGGGAAGAGAUAAGUGAUGCCUUGUUAGCAAAGAAAUCACAGCUUUCUCAAGAGGAUAGAUGGAACAAGAAAGAGCCUUCGGCUAAACGGUCAUGGUCAUACAGAACUUUAAGAGGGAGUGCUCUUGGCCCUACUAUGGCGAGGUUAAGGGCACAAAAUGGUUUAUGAACCAUGAAAAGGUGACCAUUAUAUUUUGGUACAUAGUCUCGAAGCGUGAGCCUUGAUCCUCUAAUCACUUGUCACAUUAUUGUGGUUAUUUUUCUGGCGUGUUUAAAUGUAUAGCCUCUUUGCACUGGUCUAUUAUUGUUCAGUGCAAUUAUCUCUUGUGGCCUUUUUAACUUUAUGGUUUCAUGCUACAAAUUUUCGAGGUUAUUAUGUUCACCUUAAUGUAAUCUACAAUCAAUCAAUGAUAUGUACAGCUAAUAGAUCUUGGGCACAACAUUAUAUAUGAAUUUCUGCCCUGCACUGUUUGAUUGAAGUAUAUUUUUAAAUCAUAAUGCAUGUUUUGUUUAACUUUUGACCAGAAAAUUAUUCGAUGCAUACUUAUUUGAAGGUGAUAAUGUGAAGCUAAAUUCAAAGUAAUGUUGCCAACUUCGGCAUUGCUAUAAAAUGUGCAUUUCCCCUAUUCUUGAGCUAUUGCAAUAAUGUGAGUUUUCAGCACCUCAAUGCUUAUAUGUAACCGUUAAUACAAUUUAUCGUCAAAUAAAAUUAAGGAUGGUUUCAAAAAAAGAAAAAAACAUUAAGUAUUAUAUUAAAUUUACCUUCCAAAAAUAACCCAUUUUUUGAAUUAAUAAGUACAUCCAUAUAAAUUUUUUCUUUAAAAUAUCACUAAAAAGAAAAAGAAAAA